AUGACAGACUUCAGCCGCACUUCAUUGAAUCUCCCGUCAAAACAUGCAAACGCACAAUCUUCUGUGCAUAAUCUCCUUCGUUCUCGGAUGUUCGGCUCAGUUUUAUGUUAUAGAUGAUCGGAUUGGUCUAGGGCGGGAGUUUGAUGGAAUAGGAGGCUUAAGUGGAGGAGGAGCCACUUCACGACUUCUUGUUAAUUAUGAAGAACCCUAUCGGACUCAGAUAUUGGAUUACUUAUUCAAGCCCAACUUUGGAGCUUCACUUCACAUCCUUAAGGUGGAAAUAGGAGGUGAUGCUCAAACCACAGAUGGCACAGAACCCUCUCACAUGCACAGUAAGGAUGAGGGGAAUUUUUUCCGCGGGUACGAGUGGUGGCUUAUGAAGGAAGCCAAGAAAAGAAAUCCAAACAUUAAGCUGAUCGGUCUUCCCUGGGCAUUUCCAGGAUGGGUUGGAUAUGGAACCCAAUGGCCUUACUUUUUUCCAAAUGUUACGGCCAACUAUGUUAUUACAUGGGUCAUGGGAGCAAAGCAGCAUCAUAACCUUGACAUUGAUUAUAUCGGGAUUUGGAAUGAGAAAGCAUUUGAUCCAACAUACAUUAAGGUGCUGAGAGAUGUUUUGGACAGUGCUGGCUUCACGAACAUUGGCAUCAUUGCUGCAGAUGGAGACUGGUCUAUAGCAUCUGCCAUGCUGAAUGAUCCAUAUCUGAACGAUGCUGUCGAAGUCAUAGGUGUGCACUACCCAGGCACCAACACAGUAAAGGAAGCUCUGCUGACAGAGAGAAAGCUCUGGUCCUCUGAAGACAGCACCUACAAUGACGACAUCGGUGCCGGAUGUUGGGCUCGCAUUCUCAACCAGAACUACGUUAAUGGCAAAAUGACCUCGACUAUAUCCUGGAACGUAAUAGCAAGUUAUUACGAGAAUCUGUCAUUUGGUAGAGAUGGGCUGAUGACAGCGGAGGAACCCUGGAGUGGACAUUAUAUAGUGGAAUCUCCAAUAUGGAUGACUGCACACACUACUCAAUUCACACAGCCAGGCUGGUUUUAUCUGCAGACUGUGGGCAAACUCAACCAAGGAGGAAGUUAUGUGGCUUUGACAGACCGCAAAGGGAACUUAACAAUUAUUAUAGAAACUAUGACACACGAGCACUCUCAGUGCAUUCGUCCUCCAUUGCCACACUUUGACGUCUCUCCUCAGAUCGCCACAUUUGAGUUCAAAGGCUCCUUUGCACAUCUCACUGACCUCCAAGUGUGGUACUCAAAACUGGAUUUUAAGUCCGGAAAUGGUACACUGUUUAAGCAACUGAGGCCUAUUAGGGCCCAUGACGGCUUGUUAAGCUUAAAACUAGAUGUCGAUGAGGUCUUUACUAUUACAACGGUCACCACUGCACAAAGAGGCUUCUACCCAGAGCCCCCCAAAUCAUGUCCGUUCCCUAAAAAUUACACUGAUGACUUUACAAUAGAUAACCCUCCAUUCUCUGAGGCGCCGUACUUUGCUGAUCAAACCGGUGUGUUUGAGUACUUCAGAAACACUACAGAUAAUGGCUCCCAUGCCUUUACUCUACGGCAAGUGGUCACUGAGCGGCCAGUGGCCUGGGCUAAAGAUGCAGACCAAACCAUCAGCAUCAUAGGGGACUACGGCUGGUCAGACGUAAAUGUGUCAUGUGACGUCCUUAUUGAAACCCCCAAGACUGGGGGAGUGUUCCUGGCGGCCAGCGAUCAAGGCGGAGAAUCAGUCCGACAAGCAAAAGGGGUCUUUACUGGAUUUAUGGCAAAUGGAACCUAUAGAGUGACAAAUGACAUAGGUGGAAAAAGAGUUCUUGCUGAAGGGCUGUCAGGAACAAAGGCAGGAGUAUGGUACACCUUAACUCUUAGUGUCAAGGUAAUAUCUACAUAUAGAUAGGAUUUUUUUGCCACAGGGUCACUGAACGGCUUUCCGUUGUGGAAAAAUGCUGCUGUUCUGGAGCCCAAGAAUGGCUGGGCUGCACUAGGAACUUUGUCUUUUGAAUAUGCACUUGAUAAUUUUAAUGUGAUUGCAGGGUGAUUUGUACUUUGAUACCUCACAUUUGUGUUUACUUCAUUAUCACACUUUUUUCUGCUUUGAAUUCUUUGAAAGCGUCAGGUUGACUGAUCUGAGUUUCUGUUCGUUUUACUGCAAAAAUACUAUACUGUGAACGCGUUUCAUUUCGUUUCUUGGUGAUUUACUUUUUUUCUUUUUUUUUUUUUACUGGAAUAGUUGAUAUUUUGGGGUUUAUAAAUGAAGAACGUGAGAUGUUGAUCUUCAAAAAGGGAUAUUUAACUAGGAUGGUUGUCAAAGAUGGCGAUUAAUGACUUGAAUGAUUUAAAAUAUUUAUUCUUAAUAAGCAGAAUAAAUAAAUGAAGCACUUGAUAGUGUGCUAUGAAACAGGUUCACUUGAUGUGUAAAAUUAUAGAAAAAUAAUUUCAACACCAUACGUCUCUUAAAGGGGUGGUCCCCUACGAUAUCAUAUUUUAAACUUUAGUUGAUGUGUAAUGUAG